CCCGCCUCCCGGGGGGCGGGGCCGGGGGGCGGGGCGGGGCCGGUCCGCCGCCGUCCCGGCGUGCCCCGCGCGGCGCUGCCCGGCGGCCGCGGUCGGGGCAAGAUGGCGGCGGAGGCGGCGGACUCGUGGGACGCCGACAGCUUCGAGGUGGUGGAGCCGGUGGCGAAGCGGCUGGUGCCGGGGGUGGCCGGGGACCGCUGGGCCGGCGAGGAUGAGGAGGACGACGUGAAGGAUAACUGGGAUGAUGAGGAGGAAGAGGAGGAGGUGAAGGAGACAGAGGUAAAACAAGAACCGAAAGUUUCAGAAAAAAAGAAAAUAGCAGAAAAAAUUAAAGAAAAAGAAAAGCUACAGAAGAAAAAGCAAGAGGAGCUUAAAAAAAGGUUAGAGGCACCUGAGGAACAGAAGGAGCUCACACCAGAAGAACAGUUGGCAGACAAACUACGGCUAAAGAAGUUACAAGAGGAGUCAGACCUGGAGCUGGCAAAGGAAACCUUCGGUGUAAAUAGCACUUGUGGAAUAGAUGCCAUGAACCCCUCUUCCAAAGAUGACUUCACGGAAUUUGGGAAGCUGCUCAAGGAGAAGAUCACACAGUACGAGAAGUCCUUACAUUACGCCGGCUUUCUGGAAGCGCUGCUGCGGGACGUCUGCAUUUCCUUGGAGGUGGAUGAUUUGAAAAAGAUCACAAACACUCUGACAGUAUUAUGCAGUGAAAAACAAAAACAAGAGAAGAAUAAAGCCAAAAAGAAGAAAAAAGGUGUUGUGCCUGGCGGGGGGCUGAAGGCGACAAUGAAAGACGACCUGGCUGACUACGGCGGCUACGACGGCGAGUACGUACAAGACUUUGAAGACUUCAUGUGACAUUUAUCUCCCUUCUGUUGUCUUUCUGUUGCCCAUAAUCCCUUAAACAUGUAGCACAACCUUUCUUCCUCUAAAUUCUGCCAAAUGCUACAAUCAGAAUUGCAGUAUCUGUGUGCUGGGGGCUGGAGGUGCCGGGUCCGGGCGGAAGCUCCGGGCGGGGUAGAAGGGAAAAGGUCUGGAAAUUGCAGUUAAAAACCCAAAAUUCUGAUAAUGGGCACUGCUGCUACUCAUAGCAACAGCCACUAAAUUGGGAAGGAAUUGGAACAAGGUGAAGGAUUAUAACCAGCACAGCUCCAUGACAUGGCCUUAACUGUCCCUGCUCCAGGGCCAGGGCUGAGCAAGAGCAGUUUGCAGCAAGGGCAGGGUGUGCACGUAGAGUUCCAGUCGCUUUGUCUUGAGUUAGAGCUUGAGGAUUUCAGUAUUUUGGGAAGGGAACUGCUAACUUCAGUGUGGAAUACUGCACCUGGGAGCCUGUCCCUUGGGACAGCCACUGCUCCAGAGCCUGACACCUGAACAGCACCUGGUGGAGCAGAGCAAGGCAAAGCCCACUUGUGUCUCAAGGAUGAAGUUUAUUUAGUUCCAUUCAUUUAAAUUUCUACUAAUGCAGCUGUCUGGGUUGGGUGUUCUUUAACAGUUAAUUAAGGGGUUAAGUGUAAAAGAAAAAAACCAAGCCACACAACUUCCUUGGGGCUCUCCUGGGUUGUGGUGGGUCUCUCACAACUCGGCCGUUUUGUUUCAUUAAAAACCAAACUUGCUUAGCAAACUGCAGCAGUUCCUACAGUUGGGCAAAUUGUUAUGUUAACAAUUACAACAUCUGCAAUGUUUUAUAAAGCAACUAAUUUAAUAAAAAUCACUAUUGAGGACUUCA